GAAGCGGAUCCGCUGCCGCGCAGCUAAACCGCAUCGAACUAUCCUCUUCGUCUCCCUCCGCCGCUGUAGGGGCCUAAGCGGGAGCGGCUGGGACGGCGUCAUUGAGAGAGCUGGGGGCGGAAGUGGAGGCGGAGGGAGACAGUGUCGACCGCAGGGACUUGGUUCUCGCGCCGAGAUUCUGGUGGGCGCGAGGCAAGGGAGGGGGAGGAGGAGGAGCCCGCGGCCCGGGCGGCGGCGGCAGCGGCGGCGCCCGAGUUCCCCGUAGGGCCCCGCCUCGGAGCGGGCGGCGGUGGAGGAGAGGAGGAGACUGAGGAGCAGGAUGGCGGCCUCGGCCCUGUACGCCUGCACCAAGUGUACCCAGCGCUACCCCUUCGAGGAGCUCUCCCAGGGCCAGCAGCUCUGCAAGGAAUGUCGGAUUGCGCAUCCUAUUGUAAAAUGUACUUACUGCAGAUCAGAAUUUCAACAAGAGAGCAAAACUAAUACAAUUUGUAAGAAGUGUGCUCAAAAUGUGAAACAGUUUGGCACGCCUAAGCCUUGUCAGUACUGUAACAUAAUUGCAGCAUUUAUUGGUACAAAGUGUCAGCGUUGUACAAAUUCAGAAAAAAAAUAUGGACCACCUCAGACCUGUGAACAGUGCAAACAACAGUGUGCUUUUGAUCGAAAAGAAGAAGGAAGAAGAAAGGUUGAUGGAAAGUUAUUAUGCUGGCUCUGUACUUUAUCAUACAAGAGAGUUUUACAGAAGACAAAAGAACAGAGAAAGAGCUUGGGGUCUUCACAUUCAAACUCAUCUUCUUCGUCUCUUACUGAGAAAGACCAGCAUCAUUCAAAACAUCAUCACCACCAUCAUCACCAUCACCAUCGUCACAGCAGUAGCCAUCACAAAAUCAGCAAUCUGAGUCCAGAACAAGAGCAGGGACUGUGGAAACAGAGCCAUAAAUCCUCUGCAGCAAUUCAGAAUGAAACUCCAAAGAAAAAGCCCAAAUUGGAAUCUAAGCCAUCUAAUGGAGAUAGUAGCUCUAUAAAUCAGUCAGCAGAUAGUGGGGGAACAGACAAUUUUGUCCUUAUAAGUCAACUGAAAGAAGAAGUGAUGUCACUUAAACGUCUCUUACAGCAGAGAGACCAGACCAUUUUAGAAAAAGAUAAAAAGCUAACUGAACUAAAGGCGGACUUUCAGUACCAAGAGUCAAAUUUGAGAACAAAGAUGAACAGUAUGGAAAAAGCUCACAAAGAAACUGUGGAACAACUUCAGGCCAAAAACAGAGAACUACUCAAACAGGUCGCAGCAUUGUCAAAGGGUAAAAAGUUUGACAAAAGUGGAAGCGUACUAACAUCCCCUUGAGAAAGUAGUUUUUCAUGUAGUGUUUCUGCUGAAAAUGUACAUUUGAAAAAAAUUCUGUGAAGCCCUUAAAUUCUGUGUAGUGGAGAAAUAUUUUUGCACACCAAAUGAAUUGGCGUGUUUCCUAUUCACUUUUGUAACUGAUAUACAGCAUUUUUUAAGUUGUAAAACAUUCAAAUAAAACUUCAACUGGUUUGAAGUUACUUUUUAA